AUGCCGUCUGUAGAAACAUCCCCAAACCGACCCUACCAUCUGGUCAUUUUCGGUGCCUCUGGAUUCACUGGACAGUUUGUGGUGGAAGAGGCGGCUCGGACAGCUUCUGAGGGUCCAAAUGGGACUUUGAAGUGGGCCGUGGCUGGGAGAAGUAGGCAAAAGCUGGAGAAAAUACUCGAGCAAGCGGCCAGUGUUCUGAGUAAACCUGAGCUCAGAACAGAAGUGGACAUCAUUGUUGCUGAUGUUGGGGAGCCAGACUCCUUGGCAGCCAUGUGCAAACAGGCAGUGAUUGUUCUGAACUGUGUUGGCCCUUACAGAUUUUUUGGUGAGCCAAUGGUUAAGGCCUGUGUGGAGAAUGGAGCACAUCAUAUUGACUUGUGUGGAGAGCCACAGUUUUUGGAGGGAAUGCAGUUCAAUUAUCACAGUAAGGCAGAAGUAAAUGGUGUUUAUGUUAUCGGAAGCUGUGGAUUUGACUCCAUACCUGCAGACAUUGGAGUUCUCUUCACCAGGGAUCAAUUUAAAGGUACAUUGACUGCAGUAGAAAGCUUUCUCACUGUCAAUGCAGGACCUGAAGGCGGGUGUAUCCAUGAUGGUACAUGGCAGUCAGCCAUAUAUGGAUUUGCAGAUGGCACAAAACUUCAGAACCUUCGAAAGAAAUUUGGUCUGAAACCCCUUCCUGUUGUUGGCUCACGACUGAAACGCAGAGGCACAUUGUUCUACAGUAAUGAGAUUCAGCAAUACACUGUCCCUUUUAUGGGCUCUGAUCCUUCAGUUGUAAAGAGAACACAGCGUUUCCUUGUGAAGCGUGACAAUGUCACUCCAGUCCAAUAUGGCGCUUAUGCAGGUGUUGGAGGUGUGAGUAAUGUUGUCAAGCUAAUGUUUGCAAGCCUUAUGUUCUGGUUUAUGGUAAAGUUCAGUUUUGGACGCGACCUCCUCAUCAAGUACCCGGAAUUCUUUUCAUUUGGAGUCUUCUCCAAGGAGGGUCCAACGAGAAAGCAGCUUGAGGGUUCAUCCUUCCAAAUGGCGUUCCACGGAGAGGGUUACACAGACGGCCAUGAGCCUUCUUCUGGAAAACCAAAUGGCAAGAUCCGUGUUGUGGUUCAGGGUCCUGAAUGUGGAUAUGUGACCACACCCAUUGCUAUGGUCCAGGCUGCUCUCACCAUCCUCAAUGAAUGCCCUGCUUUGCCUGACACGGGAGGAGUGUAUUCACCUGGAGCAGCAUUCGCAAAAACCACGCUGGUUGAUCGGCUCAACAAACAUGGGAUUCAGUUUUCUGUUCUCUAA